GAUACAAUUAUCGCCAAAUUUUAUCGCGUUAUCAAAGUCAUUGUAAAUGAAGUACUCCUAAUGAAUAAAAAUAUUUUAUUAAUCUUGCCAACGUAACCUUAGCGAUAAAGUUGUAUGGCUUAAGUUUUUGAUGCAAAAAAGGUUUUAUUUAAUUAAUUUAAAGUUGCUUUAUAUAUUUCUUUUGUUUCUUUCUAUAUUUAAUAAAACAUGCCGGUGAUUACGGUUUACGAUAAUGUGGUGUCGGGCCCUGAAGAAGAGAAGAUUCCCGCCCAUUUGCAUUUUGGGCAGUUUAUGUUUGAUCAGUUCAAAAACGGAGGUGGAAAGGUCGCUCAAGUUGACGCUGAAACAGGCGAACAGGUGACAUACAGAACAGUUCUUCAAAACAGUGUCAACUUAGCUGCUUCACUCCAGAAGCUAGGAUUGAAGAAAGGAGACCUAGUUUCACUUAGCAGCGAGAAUCGGUUUGAGUUCACCGUUGCUUCAUUGGCUGUGUUUUACUGCGGUGGAGUGCUGUCUACUCUUAAUAUAACAUAUUCUCCUGAAGGAUCUGUAGCAACACAUAGAAAAGAUGGCAAGUUCUGCUGGUUGGAUCCGUAUCUCGGUUGGUACGAGCUAUAUUACUUAAACUGCUCAGUGGGACACAGAAAGCAUACGAUAAAAACAGGCCUCGCCCUGAUUCCUUGGUUCCACGCGUAUGGAUUUAUUACAUCGUGUGCAAUGAUGUCCUUGAAUUUCCAAGUUGUUUUCCUUAUACGUUUUGAUGAGAAGCAAUAUUUGGAAACUAUACAGAAAUAUAAGGUAAACAUGACAACUUUAGUACCGCCACUAGCUGUGUUCCUGGCUAAACACCCGUUGGUGACCAAUUACGACUUGACGUCACUUAACGAGAUCUGGUGCGGGGCUGCGCCGCUCUCCAGCGAAGUCCAGAAAACAAUCACUGCGAGGACUGGCAUCCCACUAAUCCGUCAAGGCUACGGACUGACCGAGGUGACAAUGGCUUGUUGUGUUGACGUGCUGGGGAGAGUCAAGGAGGGUUCCUGCGGUCCGCCUGCACCUGGCAUGAAAAUUAAGGUGAUAGACAUAGAAACCGGCAAGAAAUUAGGUCCGAAGCAAGAAGGUGAAUUGUGGAUUAAGUCUCCACUCCGUAUGAAAGGCUAUAUGGGCGAUAUGGCUUCCAGCGACGCCUUGUUCGAUGCCGAGGGUUAUGUACGAACUGGUGACAUUGGCUAUUAUGAUAACGAAGGAUACUUCUUUAUUGUUGAUCGUUUAAAAGAACUUAUCAAGUAUAAGGGAUUCCAGGUGGCACCCGCAGAGCUGGAAGCUCUACUUUUACAGCACCCUGCGAUCGCAGACUGCGCCGUAGUGGGUCUACCAGACGAGGUAGCCGGCGAACUGCCACUGGCCUUCGUUGUUCCACAACCUGGCGUCAAGGUCACUGAGAGCGAUAUUGUCAAAUACGUCGGAUCAAAGGUCUCAAGUGCAAAACACUUGCGCGGCGGUGUUAUCUUCGUGACUGAAAUACCGAAGAAUGCGUCUGGCAAGAUUUUGCGACGAGGGUUGAGAGAAAUGUUGCAAGAGAAACAAAAAAGCAAACUUUAACGCCAAACUGUUAAUUAUUAUAACAAAUGUAUUAAAGACGGUA